AUGGAUGGGGAUAAUUUUGAAACUAAUCCUGAUGAGGCAGAGGGUUUACAAAAUAUUGAUCAGUCACCAACAGGUAUCAGAUCUGUUUAUUAGCAAUUUAUUUAGCAAUUUAUUAGUAUUUUAAUAUAUAGCAAUUCAAAUUAAAUAAUAUAUGAAUAUUAAUUACAGUAUUUAAGUCAGUUUGUUUAUAUAUCAGUUUGUGUUUGAUGUAGAGAUGUACAUGUAUGUGAUUAGCAAAGCUGUGUAAUUUUAAUAUGUAGAAUUUGUUUAAAGUUCAUCAAAUACUCACAACACCAAUAAUGUUGGUCCUUAGAAAUAAAGUAUAUUGUGUUCCCUUUUUCCAGAUGAUGAUUUAUCAAUGUUAAUUGAAGAGUGUGAAAAGUUACUCGAAGUGGAGAAAAUCAACAAGCAGCAAAAUAAAUGUAAUUGGAAAAAGAGAAUGGAAAAUUUAUCAACUAAUUGGGAAUCAUGUCGGCAAAAUAUUUUUCACACUGUGUUAUCUUCUGCUGCUGCUAACAUCGAUACCUGCUCUAGAUGUUUAGUAAACAAGUGUGUCAUAUAUUGUCAAGAGUGUCCUGAUCCAAAGAGCUUAUGUUCAGCAUGUGAUGAAGAAGUCCAUCACAAAUAUCCAUUGCAUGACCGAGAUGGGAUAUAA